AUGCCACCAAGUCGCAAAGAGAGGGACGAGAGAAAGAAAGAGGGGCAAGCGGCGUUCGGUGGUGGGCCAGAGGGCCAGAGCGUAACGAACGACAGCACCGGGGGUUCACGGGCCAAGCAAAUCGUUGGAGUUGCAAACGAAGCCGAAAGCGCGAGUCUAAGGUACCGUACCGCACCGCACCGCACCGAACCGAAAAUUUGGUUGAAGAAGAGACCUAGGAGCCGAAAUGCUCCAUGCUCGGGCUCAGGGGGCGCCCGUUACGCCACCAACUCCACCACCAAUCCAGACAGAAUCCUUCGCUCCACCGCAAGCAAACGCAGGUGGGUGCGGCGGCGGAACGGAGAGGACAAUGCAGCCUGUCUUCCGAAGGAAUUACCAGCCAUCUCCUGUGUCAUUCCCCCGUCUGGUUGCAUCUUUUUCUUUAGUUUUUCCUGUGGCGCGACAGAGAGUAGGGCAGUGCAAGUUGUCACUGAAACGGCCAAGGGCUUCCCCCCUUCCCCUGAUGACACGCACACUGAGGUGUACGGACAACAUCAUGAACAUUAUGCACCUUCUGAUUGCGGUCACGAUGAUGGCCGUCGCCGUCGAUUGAAGAGGGGAUUACCAGCCCUUCUGCUAUCGUUCAAGUCGUGGCCCACAGCCCCCAUGUUCGUCAACACAGAGGAAGAGGUCAAUGACCGCUACUCUUUAUUGUCAACAACCUACCUCAUUCAGUUUCGGUCCUGUAUAGAAUUGGCGUCUAACAGCCGACAUGAUUACGAUGAAGCACCUCUCCCGCAUCUAUCUGGAUCAUCCGCAGCGACAAGAGAUCCCACGCUAUCCAUGGCAUAA